AUGGCCGACAGCGAAGAUGACUCUGGCCUUUUCUUUGCAGGCUCCGACGAGGAAACGAUUGGUACGGAAGAAGAAGGCCCCUCCGUUCCAGCUUCUGAACCAACCUCCUCACCCUCACCAAGGGAAACACCAUUAUUUCUACCAUCGGACAGUGAAGACGAUGUCGAUGUCAAAAUGGCCAAUGGUGCUAGUGCUGAGAUGGCGUACGAAAUUCAGGAUGAUGAUGAUGAUAUGGCACCUCCACCGACGCUUAAACCAAGGCCACAGAAAGUUCAUCGGUCCCCUAGUAUUCGCAGCGUGUCGCCACCAGUUCGCGAGGCAAAAGGCAAGGGAAAGGGGAGGCAAUCACACAGUCCAGCUCGUCCAGCUAAAAAGAGGCGAAUCUCACCCACACCAACGAAUGAGACCGCACUCCAGUCUGCUGUCUAUCUUGGCGAGUUCAUGGCGAGAGGAUGGAGUACCGUCAAAGGAAAGGAAUACAUCAAGAUGAACGAGCCUGUCACUCUUGCGAGGGACAUCCCAGAAACUACACAGCCGUCCAAGAGCUCUACUAAAUCUACCGGCAAGGGUAAAAGCGGACGGAGCAAGCAACUCUCCCUUACAACAAUGAUGAAGCCCCAACCAAAGCCUCUGAAUCCGAAGAAAGCUAGCACGGUCAUUCACCUCAACAAUGCUCGAGGCUUUGAGUUUGGCCGUUUAGGACAAGACGCCGCUCAAUGGGUAUGCAAACUGAUUGAUUUACGUAUUGUUGAGUUCAAGGGAGUCAUGAUAGACUGUCCCGAAACAUUGCAUUCUGGUGCCGAUCUUGUCAUGUCCUUAACCGCGUACAUGUUACCGACGGCUUUCAAAUCACUUGCAUCCUCUGAUGACAAGGAGUCCAAUCCUAUGUUCGACCAAGGCCAGGAAACAGACCAAGAGCGGAUGAUGCGCGAACGCAAAACCUCGCUCCUUCGACUCUUUACUGAAGUCGGCUUGAAGCCGAAGAAGAAAGCUACACUGGCUAGCACACAGCCCAAAGGGAAACAAGCUAGCUCGGCAUCUCCAACUAAGAAAAACAUAAAGAAGGAAAUAGUUGGUGACGGAGAGGAGAUCGAGGUGGAAGAUGGAGAGGACUUGAGUGAGAAUGAGCUCAAUGUGAUCUACAAACGCGCACAGCAAAAUGAUCGCAAUAUGGGUGAGAUGGAACCUGCGGAUACUUUCACUCUCAAGCUUCGAGGAUAUCAAAAGCAAGCCUUAUUCUGGAUGUAUUCGGCUGAAAAGGGUAACAGGGAUGCUCGCAACCAAAUGUCUAUGCACCCUCUCUGGAGCGAAUAUGUAUUCCCUCCAAUUCCUGAGGUUGAUGGCAUCAUAGACCUUACUGACGACCGACCAUUCUAUUUCAAUGCCUACUCAGGAGAGCUCAGUCUCGAGCUCCCCAAAGUUGCUACUUGUCGAGGUGGAAUACUUGCAGACGGUACGUUAGAUGAUCGCUCAGUAAUUGAUUUAACUCUACACAUCCGUAUUGAUUAUGCAUUGGGCCUUGGGAAGACCAUCAUGGUUUCAGCCUUGAUACAAAGUAACUCGAAGCCAGAGUCCACCGAUUCAGCGCAGGGUCCAUCCAAGGGCCGACAAUUACGCCUCGACAACGCCUUCAAGCCAGCACCUCGCAAGGGAUCUUCGCAUAAGGAUGCUCAUGCCACCCUUGUCGUGGCUCCUGCGUCUCUACUUGCUCAAUGGGCAGAGGAAAUACAGCGUUCCAGCACCCCAGGUUCAACGAAAGUGAUUGUAUGGCAUGGUCAAAACCGACUGGACCUUGAUGCUGCUUUGGAGGGGGACAGCGACGACGACGAGAUUAAGGUCGUGGUUACUUCGUACGGAAUACUGACCUCUGAAUUUGCAAAACCGGACAAGAAUGGACACAAAGCCCCCGUCUUCGAAAUGACGUGGCUACGAGUGGUGCUUGAUGAAGCACAUCAUUGCAAAUCUCGAACAAGCCGUACGGCAAAAGCAGUCUACGCCCUCCGCUCCCAUAAUCGGUGGGCGGUGACUGGAACACCUAUCGUAAACCGGUUGGAAGAUCUAUUCUCUCUCUUGAAAUUUUUGGCUUACAAGCCUUGGUCGGAAUUCUCUUACUUUCGCUCGUUUAUCACGCUACCAUUCCUUGACCACGACUCAAAGGCCAUAGAAAUUGUUCAAGUCAUUUUGGAAAGUAUACUACUAAGGCGGCAGAAGGACUCAAAGGACAGCGAUGGAAAGCCCAUAGUCGACUUGCCCCCUAAAGAGGUCAGGGUGGAGAAACUUGAAUUUUCGCCCCUCGAGCAUAAACUUUACAAUUCCAUAUACGCCACUGUGAAGCUGAAUUUUGACCAGCUCAGUGCCAAGGGGCUCAUUACAAAGAACUAUACCCAUAUAUUGGCUAUGCUUAUGCGCCUACGUCGUGCAGUCCUCCAUCCCUCGUUGGUGUUGGGCAACACGGAAGAGAUCACUGCAGACGGUGACGGUACCGUUGACAAGGAGGAAUUAGUGCAGAAGCUCAACGAGGACGAAAGCAAGGCAAAGAAUGCUUUUGCCGAGAAGGUACUCGCUGGUCUUGCAGAUGAAGACGAAGCGGAGUGUCCGAUAUGUUUUGACGUGAUGGAUGUCCCAACAAUUAUCCCUGUUUGUAUGCACAAAUGCUGUAAAGAUUGCAUUGUUGGAUUUCUGGAUAGUUGCGAGGAGAAGGGGGAAGUACCACGCUGCCCUACUUGCUCUCGCGGCCCCGUCAAACAAGCCGACUUGAUUGAGAUUCUACGCACCAAAGCUCGGGAUGGGUCAGAAGCACCAACUCGCGUGAUCCUGCGACGGAACGAUUUCAAUUCGUCGACUAAAUUGGACGCUCUAGUACAGGCUCUGAGACGUUUGAGAGACCAAGACCCGCUGUUCCGAGCUGUGGUUUUCUCGCAGUUUACGAGUUUCUUAGAUCUUAUUCAAGUAGCCCUUCAAAGAGAUGGCUUUGAUCAGUACCGCUUUGACGGUACUAUGGAUGUGAAGAAACGGAGUACAAUGAUCUCGGAGUUCAAAGAACCCUCUCAGAGUCCGAAAGUGAUGAUCAUAAGUCUCAAGGCCGGAGGCGUUGGGUUGAAUCUCACCAAUGCUAAUCAUGUCUUCAUGAUGGAUUGCUGGUGGAACGCUGCUAUCGAGCAACAAGCCAUUGAUCGAGUUCACCGCAUUGGCCAAGAGAAGACUGUAUACGUGACCCAUUUCAUUAUCGCCAACACGAUCGAAGGGCGUAUUCAGAGGAUCCAGCAGAGGAAGACUGCCAUUGUCAACGAAGCCUUUCGAGGAGGAAGUAAGGAUAAAGGAGGCGAAGCUGAAAGCGUGGAGAAUCUGAAGAUCAUGUUCGGCGAAUGA